AAUGGUAAAGAACGGAACGAUGCGAUAGGUGAACUGGUGCUGGUUUUUUAAAACACAAACAAAACCAAAACAACAUUUCACCAGCAAACAGAUGGUGAUGUUUCACGGCGGAAAAUUCGUAACAAGUUGUACUGAUAAUGGAGACAUUUAAUGGCAAAAAAGACCAAUACAAUGGGAUUAUAAUUAAUAUAAAGGAGCACAAAUGCGACUCAGAAAAAAUCUUUAAUGACCGGCUGAAGCGUUCAUUAGAGGAAUGGAAUACCAGUGGAAUACGAGGUGUUUGGUUGAAAAUUGCAAUAGAGUGUGCUGCAUUCAUAGCUGUGGCUGCCAAGCAUGGCUUUGUUUUUCAUCAUGCUCAGACAGAUUAUGUAAUGAUGAUAAAAUGGCUGCCAACAGAUGAACCCAAUCAGCUUCCAGGGUAUACAACCCAUUACGUAGGUGUGGCUGGGUUUGUUGUUAAUGAAAACAACCAGGUGCUUGUGGUUAAGGAACGAUUCUACAAAAAAGCUAAUUGGAAGCUGCCAGGUGGAAUGGCUGAUCCAGGAGAAGAUUUAGGUGUAACAGCGAAAAGGGAGGUAUUUGAGGAGACAGGGAUUGAGGCGGAAUUUAUCUCACUACUGGCAUUUCGGCAACAACAUGGAUUUCGAUUUGGGCAAUCUGACUUGUACUUCGUCUGUGAAAUGAAGGCAUUAAACUCGGAAAUUGCAAGCUGCCAACAUGAAAUAAGUGACUGUAUGUGGAUGAAUGUUGAUGAGUAUGUGGCUCUUCCAGACAUUUCCCCAGCAAAUAGACAGUUUGCACAAGAGUAUCUUAAGCAAAAGCAAAGAGGGCGCUCUUUUAAGAUUAAGCCACGAAGAGUACUAUCUUAUGACCACAAGAAAUAUCACCUUCUAUAUUCAAUUCAGGAUUGUAAUAUCGAAGAAAACUGGCAAGAAUAUCCACCAAAUGAUAAUAGUUGAACUCUCAGGAAAAAGAAUAUCUUCCAAAUCCAUUUUUUAAUUGUUCUAAAUUAUCUAUUUGUUAUUUAUACAAUUUAUAAUCACAGCUAUUUGACCAACAAAUAUAUUCUUGAGCUUUGGAUAGGUUUUAUCGAAAGCUAUGAAUGAAUGUAUCCAGUUUAAAAAAAAAAUAUGCAAACAAAGAUAUAAAAAAAAUCAUUAAUUCACAAUAAACCGAAGACUAUGCUUAUUUUUCAAAUCAGGCAGUAAAUAUAAUUAGUGUAUU